CCGUUGGUCUCGUCCAGGUGAGGCUGGAAGGGGUUAACGGUGGCCGGGUUUGCCCCGCUCCCCUCCCCGGGCCCAUUCGGGUCUGAGCCCGGCGCCUACCAAGGGUUAACCCGGCCCGGGCUGUUCAAACACCUCGGCUGAGCCACCGCUCCGAGCACCACGGGGAUGGCUCUUCCCACCCUGCACCGGGACCCAUGUGGAUUGUGAGCUGCCCGCGCACCCUCGAGGUUUGGAGCCGGUGCUGAGCGGAGGGAUGGGCAGUGCCAGCCCCGGGCUGACCGCUCUGCCCCCCGGCCGCCUCGCCUGGCCGGACCCUGCGCCGCUGCCGCCGCCCCGGGACCCCGGACCCCGGAGCUGGGGCUGCCCGGAGAGCCCCAGCCCCCCCGGCACCCCCGAGCAGCCCCUGCCCGCUUUCUGCCUGCACUACUUCGACAUGCUCUACCCCGAGGACGUGGCCUGGGCCACCAAGGGCGUGGGGGAACCGUCCCCCGGCGGCGCCCAGGGCGGGCGGGAGGAGGCGCGGAAGGAGCCGGAGCAAUGUCCCGUCAUCGACAGCCAGGGCCUGGGGCUGGGGCCCGAGGGGGACCUGCAGGCCAGCCUGCCCCUGGAGGAGCACUCGCUGGAGCAGGUGCAGAGCAUGGUGGUGGGAGAGGUGCUCAAGGACAUCGAGACGGCCUGCAAGCUCCUCAACAUCGCCGCAGACCCCACGGACUGGAGCCCCGGGAAUGUGCAGAAGUGGAUCCUGUGGACGGAGCACCAGUACCGGCUGCCGCAGAUCGGGAAGUCCUUCCAGGAGCUGUCAGGGAAGGACCUGUGUGCCAUGUCUGAGGAGCAGUUCUGCCAGCGCUCGCCUGCCUGUGGUGACAUUCUCCAUGCCCACCUCGACAUCUGGAAGUCUGCCGCCUGGAUGAAAGAGAAGGCUGCCCCCGGAGAUGUAAGAUACUGUGGGGGUGACUCCAGCUGGGCCGACAGCGAGGUGGACUCAUCCUGCGCCGGGCAACCCAUCCACCUCUGGCAGUUCCUCAAGGAGCUGCUGCUGAAACCCCACAACUACGGGCGCUUCAUCCGCUGGCUCAACAAGGACAAAGGCAUCUUCAAGAUCGAGGACUCGGCGCAGGUGGCCCGGCUGUGGGGCAUCCGCAAGAACCGCCCGGCCAUGAACUACGACAAACUGAGCCGCUCCAUCCGGCAGUACUACAAGAAAGGGAUCAUCCGCAAACCCGACAUCUCCCAGCGCCUCGUCUACCAGUUCGUGCACCCGGUGUGAGCGGGACAGGCUGAGCCCCGGGAGGGACAGGGCACCUCACUGCCUCCCCCUGCCCCCAGCCACAGAAACCCUCUGCCAGCACUAAGGGCCUCGGCUGGAGUGUGAGAGGCCCCCCACCCCCAGGACCUGCUGGACACGGACCCAGAGACCCCCCAUUCCCCAGCUGAGGGACCACCCCCCAUGCCCUGGUGUGGGGCAAGGGCUGUGCAGAGCCCUCAUCUCCCCUGGCUGGGCUUGUCCCCCCUCCCCUCCUCCCCCCGGGUGCUGCCUGCGGGUGGCUUCGCCCCAGCCAUUGUUCGGGGAGGACAAAGCCUGGGCAUGAGCUGGGACAAUGGAACCCGCAGGGACAGGGCACCCUCAGGGACAGGACCACCUGCCCCUGCCCGUGGUGGGGCCGCUGGCCAGACCCAGUCCAGGCAGGAGCAGCCUGGCACUGCCUGCCGUGGGAGCUGUGCCCCUGGAGACCACGGGCAUCCCCUCGGGACAGGUGCACCCCCUUCACUUUCCACUCCAGGACACACUUGGCUUCCCCUCUCUGCAGGGGUUUGGGGCUGAAAACGGGAGUUUUUCAAGGACCAGCUGUAAAUGCGGGUGUGGGGCUGUGCACAGUGGGGAUCCCCCGAGCUGGGUCCUCCACCUUUGGGCAUGGGGCCACCAGAGCCCUCCUAAGAUCCCAGGUCCUGUGCCCUGGCACAGGGCUUUUCCCUUGAUUUGGAUUUUAUCUGGACUGCCUGAUUCUGUGGUUUGUGAAAAGGGAGAUGUCAGUUUGCUGUUUCCCUCUGGACAGUAAAUCUGGAUUGUGACCCGCUGAGGCUGGACUGGGACAGAGAGCUGGGGAUUGCUUCACCUGUGCCUUGCACCACAGUCAGAGUUACCUGGAGAUGUUGAUCUUUUAUAUUAUAGGUUUUUUUAUUUGUUUAUUUACUUUUUGGUUUUGGCUGGCGGCGAAUUGUGGUUUAGGUUCAAAUGCCGAGGGGUGGUCUGUGCUCCCGGGGAUGCUUUGUGGGAGCUUAAGAGGAAAAACACCUGGUUCUUGGUAUUUUGUUUUUACCUUAAAAGAGCUGCCUGUGCUGGCUCCUGUCUUUCCCUCUGUUCCACCUACUCUGUGUGUGAGUCCUGCUCCCCAUCCCGGCUGGAGGGAUGGAGGGCAGCCGGAGGGAGGAGAGGAGCAGGGGAAGGAGAAAAACUGCCUUGGCUUCUGGAAAAGGGGAUGAAAAAACAAAUAAUGGGGGGGGAAAGAAGCAAAAUGUGUCUUGUGAUUUGCUCUGUGUGACUGACACUCCUGCAGCCAGUGCAGGGGCACCAGGAGGGUGGGCUGGGGGUGCCCCAGAUCUGGUGGUGCCCCAGAUCUCGUGUCCCUCUGGUGACCCCUCCGGGUGUCCUUCUCCAGAUCCUCUGCCAGGGUGGGGGAGGGCAGGUGGUGGCAUCAACUUGCUGUGCCAGGGCUUUCCCAGCCUCGGGGAGUGCUGGGUCAGGGCUGGUGCUGGGAAUGGCCCCAAAACCUAACGAGCUCCCCAGGGGCUUCUCAAGGCUUUGUCUGGGAGGGGCACAGGAGUCCCCAAAGGCAGUGGCUCUUCCCCCCUCCCAAAGCCCCCAAGGACCCCAGCAAUGCAUCCGAGCCCCCCACCCCUCUGCAGCCCAGAGCCUGGGGGGGAGUCACUACCUGGGGGUGCAGUGGCUGUGACUGUGCUCUCUGGGCUGCAGGGGGUCUGUAGCCCCCCAGCCUCCCCCACGGGGGGCACACGGCGGCAAAAGAGACCCCAGAGCCAAGAACGCGGACAGAGCUCGGUUAUUUUCUCUUGCUGCUUUUUGUUGUUGUAUCCACUGAAAUACAAUCACGAUAUAUAUAUA